AUGGCGAUACAGACAAAAAAGGCCCGCAUGAGCGAUCAACCGCAAACGCCUCCCGAUCCUUCCGAAACCGGCAAUGGCGCCUAUGGCGCCGAGCAGAUCAAGGUCCUCAAGGGCCUCGAUGCGGUGCGCAAGCGCCCGGGCAUGUAUAUCGGCGAUACCGAUGACGGCUCCGGCCUGCAUCACAUGGUCUACGAGGUGGUGGACAACGCCAUCGACGAGGCGCUGGCCGGCCAUGCCGACCGCGUGACGGUGACGCUCAAUGCGGACGGAUCGGUGACCGUGACCGACAAUGGCCGCGGCAUUCCCGUCGACAUUCAUGAGGGCGAAGGCGUUUCGGCGGCCGAAGUGAUCAUGACGCAACUUCAUGCCGGCGGAAAGUUCGACCAGAACUCCUACAAGGUAUCGGGCGGGUUGCACGGCGUCGGCGUCUCGGUGGUCAACGCACUGUCCGUGUCACUGAAAAUGAAGAUCGGCCGCAACGGCAAGUUCCACGAGAUGAGCUUCACGCACGGCGUCGCGGAUGCGCCGCUCGCGGUGACCGGCGAUGCGGGCGAUUAUACCGGCACCGAGAUCACGUUUCUUCCGUCGACGGACACGUUCACCCGAACCGAGUUCUCGUUCGACACGCUCGAACACCGGCUGCGCGAACUGGCAUUUCUCAAUUCGGGCGUGCACAUCGUCCUGACCGAUGCGCGCCAUGCCGACCGGCGGGAGGUGGAUCUGGUCUAUGAUGGCGGGCUGGAGGCGUUCGUGCGCUAUCUCGAUCGCGCCAAGAAACCGCUGAUCGAAACGCCGAUCGUGAUCAGCGGCGAAAAGGACGGGAUCACAGUCGAAGCGGCGCUGUGGUGGAACGACAGCUACCAUGAGAACGUCCUGUGCUUCACCAACAACAUCCCGCAACGCGAUGGCGGUACGCAUCUGGCCGGCUUCCGCGGCGCGCUGACCCGGCAGGUCAACGGCUACGCAGAAAGCUCGGGCCUUGCCAAAAAGGAGAAGGUCUCGCUGACGGGCGAUGAUUGCCGGGAAGGCCUGACCUGCGUCCUGUCGGUCAAGGUGCCCGAUCCGAAAUUCUCGUCGCAGACAAAGGACAAGCUGGUUUCUUCGGAAGUGCGCCCCGUGGUCGAGAGCCUCGUUAACGAGACGCUGGGCGAGUGGCUGGAGGAAAACCCGGCCGAAGCCAAGACGCUGGUCGGCAAGGUGGUCGAAGCGGCCGCGGCGCGCGAAGCGGCGCGCAAGGCGCGGGAACUGACCCGCCGCAAGGGCGCGCUCGAUAUCACCUCGCUGCCCGGCAAGCUGGCCGACUGCCAGGAACGCGAUCCGGCAAAAUCGGAAAUCUUCAUCGUCGAGGGCGAUUCGGCCGGCGGCUCGGCCAAGUCCGGCCGCUCCCGCAAGAACCAGGCGAUCCUGCCGCUGCGCGGAAAGAUCUUGAAUGUCGAGCGGGCACGGUUCGACCGGAUGCUCGGUUCGGAUCAGGUCGGCACGCUGAUCACGGCGCUUGGCGCGGGUAUCGGCAAGGACGAAUUCGAUGCCGACAAGCUGCGCUAUCACAAGAUCAUCAUCAUGACGGAUGCCGACGUUGACGGCGCCCAUAUCCGCACGCUGCUUCUGACCUUCUUUUUCCGGCAGAUGCCGGAGAUCAUCGAACGCGGGCACCUCUAUAUCGCCCAGCCGCCGCUCUACAAGGUGACACGCGGCAAGUCCUCGCAGUAUCUCAAGGACGAACAGGCGCUCGAGGACUAUCUGAUCGAUGUGGGGCUGGAGGAUACCAGCCUCGAGACCGGCGAUGGCGACGUGCGCUCCGGCAACGAUCUGCGCGCGCUGAUCGAGACGAGCCUUCAGGGCCGCACGCUGCUGCAGGGGCUGCAUUCGCGCUACGACCGCGCUGUGGUCGAGCAGGCAUGGCUGGGCGGCGCCCUCGAUCCGGCGCUUCUGAGCGAUCUGGGCCGGGCCGCGGACGUGGCGACGCAGGUUGCCGGCAGGCUGGAUACGAUUUCCGAGGAGACCGAACGCGGCUGGACCGGACGGAUCAAUCCCUCCAACGCAGGCGAUGGCGGCUUCGUGUUCGAACGCACGGUGCGCGGCGUCAAGGAAGCGGUGAUCAUCGAUGCGGGGCUGAUCCAGUCGGCCGACGCGCGGGCCCUCAACGCGCUUGCGCCACGUUUCGACGGCGCGUUCGACGUGCCGGCGACGCUGCGGCGCAAGGACACCUUCCAGACCAUCACCGGUCCGAUGGCGCUGAUCGAGAGCAUCUUCGAGACCGGCCGCAAGGGCCUGACGCUGCAGCGCUACAAGGGCCUUGGCGAAAUGAACUCCGAACAGCUCUGGGAGACGACGCUCGACCCGGAAGCGCGGUCGCUGCUGCAGGUGAAGGUAAACGAUGCGACGGACGCGGAUUCUCUGUUCAGCCGGCUGAUGGGCGAUGAAGUGGAACCGCGGCGAGAAUUCAUCCAGGACAAUGCGCUUUCCGUGGCGAACCUGGAUAUCUGA